GUACAAGCGAUGUGCAACUUGGAUGCGCAAACCUCUGCGUCGUCCAGAUAUCAACCAUGGCCUCGAGACUCCACCAGCGCAACGCCCGCGAUGCCCUCUUCUCCAACUACGACAACCCCCCCAACCGCUCCCGCCCCACCUCAGCAACAGCAGGCGGCCCUUCCUCCCGUCCCUCCUCCGCAGCGCCCUACAGCACCUUUCACGGCAACAAUAGCUCCCCUUACGCCUUCCCAUCGCAGCCGAACAACUCCUCCUCACAUCUGAGCGCCGCACCGCCCCCCAACGGAGCCUUUAGCGCCUACCCCGGAGCCAACGAUAUCGUGUCGCGCGGUAGCGGAGACGGGGGAUAUAGAUCUGCGACGCCGGAUAAGAAGGGCCGGUAUGCGGACGCGGUAUACAAUGAGUUGGAGAGUCAGAAUGACGAGCAGGUGGGGAUUAUGACGGAGAAGGUGAAGAUGUUGAAGAGUAUCACGAUAGCCAUUGGCGAUGAGAUCCGCGACUCGACGGCUUUCGCGGAGAAGAUGAAUGACAGUUUCGAGGGCACGCGCAACCGGUUACGAGGCACAAUGAACCGCAUGUUGAUCAUGGCGAAGCGGUCGGGCGUGGGUUGGAGGGUGUGGCUGGGCUUCUUUGCCUUUGUCGCUUUGAUCUUCUUUUAUGUUUGGCUGUUUUGAUUGGGCACUGUCUGGGGUUUUCAAGCGAGGUGUUCCGGCGAUGGGAUGUCUGGCAUAGAUGAGAUUAUACAGUCGUCAGGAAAAAGCGUCAUGGGAAGCAUACGAGA